AUGAGGAUAGCUCCUUCGAUUGAUGCAUGUCACGAUGCCCGCCCGUUCACCCUCGACGUCCCUCGCCUAGCUCUCAGCACACCAAUCCUCCUCAACGGCAUUUUCGCUCUGGCAAGCCGUUUUGACACACAAGCUGACGAUAACGCCGAAAAGACUGAUCUCGAGAGCACCUACUACCACAACCGAUGCAUCGAGUUGCUCAUCGAAGCCUUCUCGCAACCACCCGAGACCUGGGACUCUACCCUCCUGACGGCCGUCGUCAUCAUGCGCCUAUACGAGGAGUACGACAACGAGACGGACUCACAUUACCACCAUCUACGCGGGACCCGCAAUCUGCUGAAUCAUGACGCGAUUGCAAGGUUUGUCACGCAGGGCGGGCUUGCGGAAGCGGCAAGCUGGGUGCAUUUGAGGCAGGCGCUGUAUGUAUUCUUGGUCCGCCGAACACCGAUCGAGAUCUGCCUGGAGAACUUCGAGAGGUCUUCCACGUUUAGGAUGAAUGACGACACGGCGCACGCGAAUCGGAUAGUGUACCUCUUCGCGAAGGUGUUGAAGCUGUUCUUCCCUGAUGAUGGCACGGGAUUCCUGGCAAGCAGCACCGCCGCUUGGGAGGAGCUUCAGGGUGAAGUGGAGGCUUGGUAUCGGGACAAGCCGGUCUCAUUUCGCCCGCUGUUCUAUGACCGGCCGGAUCUAGCGAGGGGAAAACCGUUUCCGGUGUUGUGGAUGAGUGCAUGUCCAGCAACCGUUGGUUUGGGAUACUACUAUGCCUCAAAAGCCAUUUUCAGGUUUCAAGACUACAACAGUUCGAACUCAAUGGUCGGUUUCGAGGGCACAAAGAAGCGGCUGGACAGCGAGCGCGAGAUAACCUUCUACUUGUGUAUUCUAAUGGGGUUGGCACUUUCAAACGAGGCGGUGAAUGCGUAUUAUCUCCCAGCGCAUAUGCUGUCUCUCUGCGGACACCUUAUACGACAUCCACUGGAGAGGGAACACACGAUAAAGUACUUGGCACAGGUGAGGAACAUCGUGCAAUGGAAAACGGGGGCGUUGGUCAAGACAUUGAAAGAGCAAUGGGCCGAGCUUGACAGUUUCUAA